UCCUACCAGGUAAAGGACGUGGUGGGCUAUGAUGCUCUGGGACACUGUUUCUUCACUGAGGACGGUCCUGAGGAGAGGAACACUUUUGACCACUGCCUGGGGCUGAUGAUCAGAGCUGGUACCCUGCUGCCCUCCGACAGGGACAGCAAGAUGUGUCGCGAUAUCACACAGGGAGCCUUCCCCGGAUAUGUGGCCAACCCACGACAAGACUGCAGCGCUACGUCCACCUUUUGGAUUGCCAACCCCAAUAACAACCUCAUCAACUGUGCAGCAGCAGGCUCAGAGGAGACAGGUUUCUGGUUCCUCUUCCACCAUGUGCCUACGGGAGCCUCUGAGGGCAUGUAUUCUCCUGGUCGCACCGAACACACACCUAUGGGCCAGUUCACCAACAAUAGGGCCCACUCCAACUACAGGGCUGGGAUGAUCCUAGACAACGGUGUAAAGACCACACAGGCCAAUGACAAGGACAAGAGACCCUUCCUUUCUCUAGUGGGAGCAAGAUAUGGACCCCACCAGGAUGCGGAUCCCUUCAAGCCCCGUGUCCCAGCUCUCAUCCACCAUUUUGUGGCCUACAAGAACCAGGACCACGGAGCCUGGCUGAGGGGAGGAGAUGUCUGGCUGGACGACUGCCAAUUUGCUGAUAAUGGAAUUGGCCUAACACUGGCUAGUGGUGGUACAUUCCCUGAUGACGAUGGUUCUCGUCAGGAGGUGAAGAACAGUCUGUUUGUUGGGGAGAGUGACAACAGGGGCAUGCCCAUUCCUGACAACCGUAUCUGGGGUCCCGGGGGACCCGACCUCAAUGGGAGGACCCUGCCUCGAGGAGUUGACUUCCCUAUCCGCGGCAUGCAGAUCUACGACGGGCCCAUCAACGUGCAGAACUGCACCUUCAGAAAGUACAUUGCCCUGGACGGUCGACACACCAGCGCCUUCGGGUUCAGACUCAACAACUCCUGGCAGAGCUGCCCUAACAACAACGUCACCGACAUCACCUUCGACAAUGUGCCUAUAACGUCCCGGGUGUUUUUCGGCGAGCCCGGCCCAUGGUUUAACAAGAUGCAGAUGGACGGUGACAAGACCACGAUAUUCCACGAUGUGGACGGCUCGGUCAGUGAGUACCCUGGAGCCUUCCUGGUCAAAGAGGACAACUGGUUACUGAGACACCCUGACUGUAUUGACGUGCCUGACUGGAGGGCUGCCAUCUGUAGUGGGCAUUAUGCACAGAUCUACAUACAGACACGUAACCCUGCCAGUCUGAACAUGCAGAUGGUAAAGGAUGAGUACCCUGACAGACCCCUGACACUAGAGGGCGCUCUGGGCAAGAGGAAGCACUACCAGCAGUUCCAGCCCGUGGUCACCCUGGGUAAGGGCUACACUGUACACUGGGACCAGGCUGCUCCUGCAGAGAUCACUGUGUGGCUCAUCAACUUCAACAGGAACGACUGGAUCAACGUGGGCUUCUGCUACCCGCCAGGCACCACCUUCACGAUCAUCUCGGACAUCCACAACCGGUUGACCAAGCAGACAAGGAAGACCGGUGUGUUCAUGAGGACCACACAGAGAGACAAGAUCAACCAGUCUCACCUGUCCCGAGGCUAUUACUACUGGGAGGAAGAUACCGGCCUGCUGUUUCUCCGAGUGAAGGCCCACAAUGAGAAGGAGGACUUUGCCUUCUGUUCAGUGAAGGGCUGUGAGAGGGUUAAAAUCACAGCCGUUAUCCCUAAGGGCAGCGGCCCCAGUGACUGCAUGACACAGGCCUACCCCCUGCACGCAGAGAUGCCCAUCGUAGAUGUGCCCAUGCCAAGGAAACUGCCCAGCGCCAAGCUGCGCACCACAGACCACUUCCUAGAGGUCAAGCUGGAGUCCUACAACACACGCUUCUUCCACAUCAAGGAGGACUUCGCCUACACAGAGGUUAACGGCAGGAAGUUGUACCAGCCAGAUGAUGGGGUGCAGCUGACGGUGAUGGACGGCCAUGAUGGGAGACUGGUGGAGAGCAAAGGCUUCAGGAACUCCAUACUGCAGGGUGUACCUGCCCAGAUAGAGGGCUAUGUUAACAACCUGACAGACAACUCUAUCGUCAUAAUAACGUCUAAGGGUCGUCUGGUGACUCGGGGCCCCUGGACCAGAAUACUGGAACUCCUCGGAGCUGACAAGACCCUCAAGUUGAGAGACAAGCUCACGUUUGUAGGCUUCAAGGGCACUUUUCGACCUGACUGGGUCCGUAUGGAGGUGGAUGAGGAGAGAGCUAAGAUCCAUCAAGUCCUCCCUAUCCCUGUGGUCAAGAAGAUUAAGCUAUGAGAGGAGAGAGGAGAGGAGGAACCAGGUGUAGUGGGGGGCACACACGAGACUACACCUCCCACACAACACACACACACUGCCCCUAGGGCUGGAGUAGGUCAAAGUUGUUCCUAUAACUACUGGUCCAAGAUCAGAUGUUUUUCACCACUAAAGAAUAAUUAAGGUAAUCUGAUCCUAGAUCUGUGGUUAGGGACGGUUUCAACCCGGUGCUACAGAGUGUGGGCCGGCCAAUCAAACGCAUGCGUUUUUCUGUCACCUAUCAACUUCCCCGCCUUGCAGGUCUCUGUUUAUGUGACAAUGUUGACUAUGUGAGUGAUUCGACUGUAUCGUUCAUUUGACUAUACAUGACUUUUAAAACGCAAGGAGAAAAAAUGACCAACAAACAUUUCUUGUUUUUCAUCCUACUCAGAGACAGAUUUCCUAAAUGUUUGCACCUGUGUUUUCCAGUGGGAAGUUAACGUCGUUUAACACACUAGAACAAAAAUGUAGACCAAUGAAGUAGAAGAGAGAGAUUAAGUGACUUUUAAAGUAGAACCAAAAGGUCAAUUACAGGUUAAAGGCCCAGUGUGGUCAAAAACAUGAUUUUCCGGUGUUUUAUAUAUAUUUCCACACUGAGGUUGGAAUAAUAGUGUGCAAUUAUGAUAAUGCCCUUUUCGUGUAAGAGCUGUUU